AUGUUAACUGAAAAAAGUCGUUGUAAAUUGAACUCAGGUAAAUGUACAGAUUGGACAAAACUACGACGUUUUGGUUAUAAAUCAGAACUAAAAGAGUGCAUUAAAUUACCGUACAGGUCAAAACGAACUUCGAAUGGCAAGGACAAAGUCAGACAUAACAAGAAAUCGAAUAAGAAAACAAAACAACGCAAUGCUGCGCAAUAG